CGCCCGAAGGGAUCGGGCCCGUCUCCCCGCCCUGCUGCUUAUUCGUGAAAUUGCUGAUGGGGACCUGUCGUGGGCGGAGGCGGGACGCCUGCCCGGGGGGCUGGCGGAGGCGGGACCCCGCCUCCAGGGCACGGCGGGGAGUAGGGGCAGCUCCCUCCGCCUGCUGGAAGCGCCGGGUGGCUGCUUAGUGGCUCCUCCUUGGGCACGGGUCCUGGGACGUUAGGCACCAAAUAAGGCGCGGUUCCUGCCUGCCUGUCUCCCCACUUCCACCCCGCCGAGCUCCGCAAUGCAGCCGCAGUGGGGCCCUGCGGGAAGCCCAUCUUCCCUGCGUGGGGGAGGAGGGUGGCGGCAUCCCCCUGGAUCUCUGCUAAUAGUAGCCGCUUUGUUUUUGUACCAGGCUCGCGUGACUAUGACUGAGGGUGACAGCCUCAUCUCUGUGGACUAUGAAGUCUUUGGGAAGGUUCAAGGAGUGUUCUUCCGCAAGUACACCCAGGCUGAGGGUAAGAAGCUGGGGCUGGUUGGCUGGGUCCAAAACACUGAAGAUGGCACUGUGCAAGGACAAAUCCAAGGUCCCAGUGUCAAGGUACGGGAGCUGCAGGAAUGGCUCAGGAAGAUAGGAAGCCCCAAAUCCCACAUCAGCCGAGCAGAAUUCCGCAAUGAGAAGAAGAUUGUUGCACUGGAGUACAGGAACUUCAGCAUCGUGAAAUAACUAGACUGAAAGACAGAAAGCACUGAGGAGGGAGUUGAGCUCUCAAAAACUUCCCUACCAACCUUUACUUGUUCAGUCAGAUAGUGUCCAAAAACAGAGAGCCCUUUGUUUUAUCUUGUUACUGUUCUAAUUUAUUAUCUGUUUUUGUUAUAGUAUUUAACCCUGAAUCUUCCUGAAUGCCAUCGGCAGGAAAACAGGCAGACUGGAGGGUGAGACUGCCUUUAAUAAAGGAAUUGUUUGGAAACCCAACCUCUCAUAUCUGAAUUUAUUUGCAACCAUUCAAACUCAUUUUGUGUAUAAGAGAACACAGUCAGUAUAGUGUCCCAUCUAGUUCACAGAAGUCAAAUAACCAGCCUUGGAAUUGAUACCUUGGAGGGCAGAACCAUGGAAUUUUGGCUUCUUCUAAUAUUAAAUACUAUUAAAGAAU